CAGUCAAUGAGUAUAGAUGUUCCAAACUGGGGACGAGCAGAAAAUCAUCCUCUCGGAAGGAAAGUGUUUGCAUGUGGCCAAUAGAAUGUACACGAUCGGCAACAUUGACCCGUACGUGAUUGGUGAGUGCUUCACGGAGUACGCGAGUCGCAUCGAAAUGUUUUUCAAGGCGAACGAUGUGCCGGAGGAGAAAAAAGUUCCACUGCUGGUUACAAUGGCGGGUGCGUCACUCUACUCCGUGGCAAUAACAAUGUGUGCGCCGGACGAUCCGGGGGACAAAUCGUACGCCGAGCUAAUUAAGCUGCUGAAGGAUUACUUCGCACCGGUGGUGAACGUAGUGUCCGAGCGCUACAAGUUUCGCAAACUGAAACAAUCGCCAGACCAGUCUAUCAACGAUUACAUCAUCAGCCUGAAGGUGCAGGCCCAAUCGUGCGAGUUUGGUCAAUUUGCAAUCGAUGCGCUGAGGGAUCAGUUUGUAGCGGGUGUGGUGGAUCAUGAGCUACGUACGCGCAUGCUACGGGAACCGAACCUGACGCUGGUCGAGGCAUGUGAGAUUGCACGCACCUGGGAAACGGCGAAGCUGCAAACGAUGGUGAAGCACGAGAAUGACAUGGGUUCGGACGGAACCGAGCAGAGAUUCCCGGCGGAACAGUCGAUGAACAUACAGCAGCAGGUACAGCAAUUUGUGCAGAAAUAUUCCGGGAACGAGCGACGCAUGCAAGAUCGCAAGCACUACACACACUGUCGACGGUGCGGUUGUGUGCACGAUCGCUAUGUUUGCCCCGCAAAGGGAUCGAAAUGUUUGUUGUGCGGAAAACAGGGACACGUAUGGAAAAUGUGUCAUUCAAAGAAAACUAUUUAUACGGAAAAUUCUAACCUAAAUCAGGAUAAUUUCCACAACUAAGAGAAGUUUCGCGGAACGCGAAAGAAUAAAGGUUCUAAGUAGAUGGUGGGGCUUUGUGUUAGAGUGAUUUCGAAGCGAAACAUGUGCGUACGAUUUAGCAUCAAAGAUGUGUAAGUGAGAAUGAACGAAUCCGUUCGCUCAACGUUUCGGGACAGUGCGUUAUACCUAAUGAAGUAGUAUGCGUAUAGGUAGAGAAGACAGGAUUGUUACACAAACAGAAAGAUGCGACUAGGAAGAAUUUGGUUCGAUGAAUUAUUCGUAUAAGUCUGUACCCUUUCAGCCAGAAUGCGUACAGCAAUCGACUUAAACACACCGACCGAUGAAAUCGAUCAGCUAAUAGUAAAUACAGGUUCCUUUCCAUCAAACUUCAAAGCUAUUCGACGGCGUUUGAAUGCUUCCCGUGCGGCAUGAAACUGUGUUGGUCAAUAAAUCUAACUUUCCCAACUCUAGCGUUCCCGAUCUACCACACGCCAACUUAAUUCGGAAUCGAUUUUCCCAUCACGGGUCUCGUACCGGAUGAUUCCGGGAUGGUUGGGAAAUCGAUACUUGCACUUCAAAAAUAAGGAAAUAAAUCACCUGAUCUCGUUUCAGUACGA